CUAUAUAUAAAAUCAGUAGCCCUCAGCUUCCUCUGCAUGCAAGCUAGCUUUGAGGAUUUUUCGAGUAACUUCACCCUGCAAGUAAAAACGGUUAUUUUCGCGACUCGAAUUCACCAACAGGUCACAUUAGAUCAACUUUCACCGUUGUGUCCGAGCCGUACGUUCUUCCUUUCUUCCUUGAUUUGAUAAACUAACAGCAGCAGCAGCAGCAGCAGCAGCAGCAGCAGAACCUCAUCGAUGCAAUACAAUUCUAGUCCACACUCCGACGGGUAUCCAAUCGGGUCAGACUCGGGAUCGAAAUCUCCUACUAUAUCAGAAUACGUCGACGGUUCAACCAGCGGACGCUCCGCCCAAUCCGACGAGGAGCUGAUGAUAACAUUGGCUUCGAGCCGGCCGAAGAAGCCAGCUGGAAGGAAGAAGUUCAAAGAAACGAGGCACCCGGUUUACAGAGGCGUGAGGAAGAGAAACAACGACAAGUGGGUGUGCGAGCUGCGGGAGCCGAACAAGAAGUCGAGGUUGUGGCUCGGGACGUACCCCACGGCCGAGAUGGCGGCUCGGGCCCACGACGUGGCCGCGCUGGCUCUGAAGGGCGAGUCGUCGUCAUCGACGCCGUGUCUGAAUUUCGCCGACUCGGUGUGGCGGUUGCCCGUGCCGGUUUCGAAGGAGGCGGAACACAUAAGGAAGGCGGCGGGCGAGGCAGCCGAAGCGUUCCGGCCUCAGCCGCCGGGGGACGACGGCGGGGUUGCGGUCUCCCCCGAUGGUUCGAGGAGAGAUAUUGGGAUUGAGGUUUUUGAUAUGGAAGGGCUGAUUUCGAACAUGGCGGAAGGGCCGUUGCUCUCUCCCUCGCCUUCUUGCUUGGGUCGUGGUUUUAGCUGGGAUGAUGUGGGAAGUGAUGGUGAGAUGUCAUUGUGGAGUUAGAUUUAGAUAAAUGAAAGUCGAAUUUUUUACAACUAGAUAGAGACAAUUAGUUGCUUUUUUUUUUCUUUUUAAUAAUUGUUAAAGAAAAUAUGUAAUUCUAUUUCUUGUUGUUUAAGUGUGUUGCUAAACGAUGAAACCGAAUAUGUUGAAA